UCGGUGCGGAUCAAGCACCUUGCAGUCGGUUCAUAGCCAUUGAAAAAAGGGGGUCUCUCUCGGACAUGGUGGAGUAGGCAACAUCGGGGCGGCUUGGAAACCACCUGGUCUGGAAUAACCUGAUGGAAAUUGGAGGACGGAGGCCUUGCGAAGUCCGUUUCGAGGAGGUUUUCAUGGAGCGUUGAGAUUUUAUUAUGUGGUGGCUUGCCUUAACAAUGCUUACAUCUCCGACUUUCUCAUUAAUCGUGUUUGUGUGUAUGGGUUUAUCCGAGGCGCUUCAUUCUUACGAUGCGCUGCCGUUAAUUAGGAAACCUCGUGAAAUCGCCGACGACCAUCUAAAUACGAGCGCUAACGGGUUUCCACGGUACCGGCUCGGUAUUGUCGCAUUAACACCCGCGCCCACGAUCACGUCCACCAGAAAACCGAUAAAUGUCGCCGCACCCGCAGCCACCACCAUUAAACCACCAACAACAGACCCCUCCACCCCAUCUCUGUCUAAUCCCAGCUAUGUGGGCGCAUUUGAUCGGAGAAAGCCCAGUUUUCCUGAAACACGCAUGAAAACGUCGCAGAUAUCUGACAAUAAAGCCGUGCCCGAUUUUAGGACAACCUCUGAAAAUUCUCAAGAGCUGGUGUGUAACUGCAGUGGAGAGGGCGUGUCGGACCCUGACGAGUGUGACCGUGAGACAGGUCAGUGUGAUUGUAUGCCGGGAUACACUGGUCUGGACUGUGAGGAGUGUGAGGAAGAUCACUUUACCAACGGCACCAUUGGAUGUCUGCCCUGUGGAUGCGACUCCUUUGGCGCAGCCAGCUCAAGCUGUGACAGUUCAGGUACGUGUGUGUGUAAGACAGGUGUGUACGGGCCCAAGUGUGAUGACUGCCACCCUGGUUUCUUCCACUUCAGCACCACAGGAUGCCAGCCUUGCCAAUGCAACAACCAUUCGACUUACUGCCACCCACAGUCAGGUGUUUGUCUGGACUGUCAAGACAACACUCAGGGCCACAACUGUGAGGAGUGUCUCCCCAAUUUUUUCCGCCGUCGUGGCGAGGAGUUAACGGUGGCCUGUGUGCCCUGUCCAUGCACCUCUGAGAGCUCCACCGGCAGCUGCCAUCUCGAUUCCAGUGGGCGGCCUGUAUGUGACAAAUGUAAGCCUAGCUUUUCUGGACCAACAUGCAAUGUGUGUAUCGACGGUCUCUUCAAAUCGUCAGGUGUGUGUGUGCCCUGCAACUGUAAUGGGAAUGCGGACCUUCGCUCCAGGCCUCAAAUAUGCCACCCUGAGACUGGGCACUGUCACCGUUGUAUCAACCACACAAUGGGCGUACAUUGUGAUAUCUGUGCCCGUGGAUAUGUUGGGGACGCCCGCUCCCACAACUGCACCCGGAGAGCUGUGAAGAUCCUCCCAACUCAAGACAUCAAGACCUCCACUGCCGAAAACCCCAAAUCCACACUUUCCAUUCUUUCCACACCUCCAUUUCGCCCACUCACUUCCACCUCCCCCUCCACCACCACCCACCCCAGCCUCCCGACCCUGCAGUCCGGCACUGUAGACUCUGCAGGACACAACAGCACAACUUCGGCCCUGACCGUGGUGUCCUGGACACAGUUUAACAUUAUCAUUCUCGCUGUCAUCAUUGUCGCCGUCGUUCUCCUCAUGGGCUUCGUCGGAGGUGUGUAUACGUAUCGCGAGUAUCGGAACCGUAAACUGAAUGCCCCGUUUUGGACCAUUGAGCUUAAGGAAGAUAACAUCAGCUUCAACAGCUACCACGACAGCAUCCCGCACGCAGACCCUAAUGGACUAUUAGAGGAGGAGCCAUGCGUGGUAGCUGCCAAUGGGCAGUUAGCGCUAGCCACUGCCGCCAACAUGUACAAAGCGUGAAAAUUUGUUACGAUUAUAUCUGCUCUUAAAUACGGUGAUUAAUGAAAGAAGGUAGCCUUGCAAUGGGAGCCAAACUUACUUGUUUAUUUAAUUAUACAUACUAUUUAGCUCCCCUAUGAGACCGCAUUGCAUAUCCUCAUGCCACCUGUUCUCACAAAAGAUAUUUCCUGUACCAUUUUGGAGGACUCCAUUAAAUUUAAGACAAGCCAUUAACAUAUAACUUUAUGGUAGCCCUUAAAUGCAUAGAAAAUUAUGAUUUACAAGAAAAUUUUGUGCUGCCUCUUAAAUGAGACUCUAAGACUAUGUUCAGACUGCAGGAAAAUCUGAUUUUUUCUCAAAUCAGAUCUUUUCAGGCAGACUGUCCACACUAUUAAUUGCAAGUGAUCAAAUCAGAUUUGCGCAUUCAGACAUAACCAACCUAUCUGCAUGUGCGACAUAGACGUACCCACUUGACAAUGCUUUCAAAACAGAUGCGGGAAAAAUGGAGGUGCAUCAUCUCGCUCUCCAAAUGAGUGCCCUGUCUAGUCACGGUGCAGAACUUCUCCAUCGCACAAGAAAAACUCAGUGACUGAGGAGACUGUUAAAUAUUGUGAUGUUCCGUUCUGCAGUCACUGAUUUUUUUGUCAUCAUUGUGUUGCGUUAAGAGUAAUGCAAAAGACCAUUUGAAAUCCUAAUUGAGCAGCCAGAGCAUCUGGACUGAGAUGCAUCUGAAAAAUAAUCUGAUUUUAAUAGCAUUUGAAAACGCCUCCCGAUGUGGUUUGAAUCAGAUUUGGUAAAAUCCGAUUUAAUGUAUUUUUUUUGGCUGUGCAGACUAUCUCAUCUGGAUACAAUCUGGAUAUGCAAAAAAUCAGAUUUUUAGUGGCAGUCUGAACAAGGCCUAAGCUUUUUGUGUUUGAGUUUAAAGACAGUUCAGUUGAAACUUGAAUAGGGCUUCAUCACCCCUAUUAAAGAGGCAUGAAACUUGACAGACCUUUGGACCAACACACCAAGAUAAUGACGCCUAAUAUGGCUGUCUGUAUAGGAAUCUCACAAGUUUUUGAGACAAUUACUCUAUGCUCCAACGGGCAUACGCAUGGAACUUGGACUAUUACAUAAGCUUUUUAUACAUCCAAACAUCUUUACUCAGAAAAGAUUGGAAUUUGCAAGGCUUUUGUAAAGACACCAAGACUGCCAAUCAGGUGAUAUUUGUUACGGAGGAAACAAAUGUCUAAGACUAUUUCACACAUCAAAGGCAGUGUUUUGGAAUGCAGUCUUUGAUCUUUGCAAAAAACAGGAAAAUGUAUUGCAGAGGAAUUUUUUGUUAUGGAUUGGUACCAAAAGCAAACAUGCUACAUAAUAGUCAUACCUGGGUUACCGGUAAUACUCGCACCUGUUUCAGCCUUACUGUGUUUGUGGGUGGGUAUGUAUGUGUGUGGGAGAGAGAGAGUGAGAGAGUGUGUGGGACAGUUUCAGUUCUAAUUGUGUAGAGCUGGAUUCUACACAGGAAUGUACAAAAAGACAGUGCGAGCAUGGAUAGAUUCUGCUGCAUAGUAUCACGAAUACUGAUUUAAAUAUUUGACAAUAUUGUAGACACGAAAGCCAUGUAAGCAUAAAAAGACAGUAGUGUACAGUAUUGACUUUUAGAGGACAUUGUGAAGUGGGGAGACUGUGUUUGGGAACCUAGAAGGUACAACAGAGGACACAGUUCGUUUUUUCGCCUCCAUUUGUCCACAAGGACACUUUUAAAUGUGAUUCGGGAUCAUUUUGAUGAUUUGGACAAAGGACUGGUCUUUUUAAUGGAAUUACUGUGUUGUUGUUUUUUUAACAUCAUUUUGACUACUAUUUAUUUAUCCUUUGUGUUUGUCUCUGUUCUUAUUUUAUUGCUGUUCAAUUUCAAUUGUCAUGCUGCAUUGUACAGUGUACCAUACUGAAUGCAAACUCUUGUGAGUUGUAAGCAAGACAUGUUGGAAGUCUUAUUUCCCCCUCUGGAGUCUUAUUUUAUUUAUAUUUAUUAAGUCAGGUUACACAUUAAUAACUCAAUGUAUAUGGUAUGUCUGUGGAAAAUACUGUAUUUUCUCAUUCCUGAGUUGUCAAAUGACCGAAAUUAAAGGAUUAU